CGUCUCAACGGACUACAUAUUCCUUCCCUUUCUCCGAUCUCCCAUCUCCGUUUCUCCGGUUUCCUGAUCCAUUCUUCGAUCGAUCUGGACUGGAGUCAGACCUGCCUUAGCAGCAAAACCGUGCCUACGCUGUGUAUUGCCAAGGCGUCACUCCGAGGCCUGUUUCGUCACUCUUCUUUGAAGGAAGUUCGCGUCUUGUGUUGUAAGGGCGAGAGGGCAGCAUGGCGCCUUCUGACGCCAAGAAGGAGCGAGCUGCGGCCAAGAAGGCCGCUGCGGCCGCGAAGAAAGCCGCCAAGGGCAAAUCGCCUUCCGUCAGUGCGAGCAAUUCAGAGAAGGAUCUAAAGUCCCUCGACGAUCACGACAGAUCUUGCACUGGAGUUCUCGCCUCGCAUGCUCUGUCACGAGAUAUACACGUCGUUGGGUUCUCGCUCAACUUCCACGGUCACGAGCUGGUCUCAGACACAACCCUCGAGCUCAACUACGGAAGGCGGUACGGGCUGCUGGGGCUGAACGGGUGCGGCAAGUCGACGCUGCUGAAGGCGAUCGGGAACCGCGAGGUGCCGGUGCAGGACCACAUGGAUAUCUACUUCCUCUCGCACGAGAUCGAGGCCACCGACAUGAGCGCGCUGCAGGCCGUCAUCUGCGUCGACGAGGAGCGCCUCAAGCUCGAGAAGGAGGCUGAGGAGCUCGCUGAGAUGGAGGGCGCGGCGGACCAGCUGGAGCGCAUCUACGAGCGGCUGGACGCGAUGGAUUCCGCCACCGCGGAGGUGCGCGCGGCGCAGAUCCUGCACGGGCUGGGGUUCACCAAGGCCAUGCAGCAGAAGAAGACGCGCGACUUCUCCGGCGGCUGGCGAAUGCGCAUUGCGCUCGCGCGCGCGCUGUUCAUGCAGCCGACGGUGCUGCUGCUGGACGAACCCACCAACCAUCUAGAUCUGGAGGCGUGCGUGUGGCUGGAGGACACGCUCAAGGACUUCGACCGCAUUCUGGUGGUGGUGUCGCACUCGCAGGACUUCCUCAACGGCGUGUGUACCAACAUCAUUCACAUGCAGAACAAGAAGCUCAAGUUCUACACCGGCAACUACGACCAGUACGUGCAGACGCGGUCGGAGCUGGAGGAGAACCAGAUGAAGCAGUGGAAGUGGGAGCAGGAGCAGAUCUCCAACAUGAAAGAGUACAUCGCCAGGUUCGGGCACGGCUCGGCGAAACUGGCUCGGCAGGCCCAGAGCAAGGAGAAGACCCUCGCGAAAAUGGAGCGCGGCGGGCUGACGGAAAAGGUCCAGAGGGACAAUGUGCUGACGUUUAGGUUCACGGAUGUGGGGAAGCUGCCGCCGCCGGUGCUGCAGUUUUCGGAGGUGUCGUUUCAGUACGAUCCCGCGCACGUGAUCUACGAGAAGGUGGACUUCGGCGUGGAUUUGGACUCGCGGAUUGCUCUGGUGGGGCCGAACGGCGCGGGCAAGUCGACUCUGCUGAAGCUGAUGACGGGCGACCUGCAGCCGACUGAGGGCGCGGUGAAGAGGCACAACCACCUGCGCAUCGGGCAGUAUCACCAGCACUUGGGCGAGAAACUGGACCUGGACAAGAGCGCUCUAGCAUGGAUGAUGUCGGAAUACCCCGGAUUGGAGGAGGAGAAGAUGCGGGCAGCCAUCGGAAGAUUUGGGCUGACUGGGAAGUGCCAGAUCAUGCCGAUGCGGAACCUUUCGGAUGGGCAGCGGUCUCGGAUUCUGUUUGCGUGGCUGGCGUGGCGGCAGCCGCAGAUGCUGCUGCUGGAUGAGCCGACCAACCAUCUGGACAUUGAGACCAUUGACUCGCUGGCCGAGGCGCUGAAUGAGUGGGAUGGCGGCAUGGUGCUUGUCUCUCACGACUUCAGACUGAUCAACCAGGUUGCCAAGGAGAUCUGGGUGUGUGAGAACCGCACAUUGACGCGGUGGGAGGGCGACAUUGUGGCAUUCAAGGAGCACCUGCGGCGCAAGGCCAACAUCGACUAGACCUGCACCUCACGUUGUGCCCAAGAUUGAGGUUAUGGUGGCAUGAGACGAGCCUCUCCAGGGCUUGGGAGUUGGAGAAGAGUCCGCUUCAGAUGAGACAAAUUGGUGCUUUCUGGCAUGGCAUACACGAUUGCCUCCGUUGUGAUGCGCCUGACCACCUUCGUGAAGGUUCCACAAGUUUUUAUGCGAAUACGUUAGUUUCUUCGGCCUGCAUGGUCCUGCCCUGCAAGUGGCCAGUCAACCUGCCGGUGCAGCCCGUUCCUAGGGUGUUGUGCUGUGCCCUCUGAUUUUUGCUAUUGCCCAUGUGCAAUUCUUACAAUACCUUCUGAAACAUCACCUUGGGUGUACCCUUUAUUACUUUGUCAAAAACAUCUUCAGGAGGAGAC